UAGCAUUCAGGAACAAAAUUAAAAAUUGAAAAUUGCGUUCUUCCGCCAUUGACGUAUUCGAUGAUGUAAGCUUACGGGAAGCUCCACAAGAUUCUUCUUCUUCUUCAGGUAUCUGAAGUCACUAAACACGUCAAUCACAAAUUCCUUUUACUUUUCCUCUCUGACAAUCUUUCUACACUUCAUCUCUCUAUAUAUAUAUAUCGAAUCUUGAAACUGAUUUGAAAGAAGAAGAAGAAGAAACCUAACGAAGAACAUUCGAAAAAACCUAAACUGUUUUUUACUUUGAGCUUGAAUCUGUAAAAAUGGAAGGCAUUGAAUCUGGGUCUAAACAAGGAAAGAGAGUGGUUGUGAUCGGCGGCGGAAUCGCCGGCUCACUCGCCGCGAAAUUGCUUCAGUUCGAUGCUGAAGUCACACUCAUCGAUCCGAAGGAGUAUUUUGAGAUUACAUGGGCAAGUUUGAGAUCCAUGGUGGAGCCUAAGUUUGCUGAGAGAACAGUGAUUAACCACAAGAGUUACUUGAAACAAGGCCGUCUUGUAACUUCUCCGGCGAUCAAUAUCACAGAGAGUGAUGUUAUGACUGAAGAUGGAUCUGUGAUUGGAUAUGAUUAUCUUGUGAUUGCUACAGGUCACAAUGACUUGUUCCCUAAAACUAGACAAGAGAAGCUGUCACAUUAUCAAUCUGAAUAUGAGAAGAUAAAAUCUUCUGGAUCAGUUUUGAUUGUUGGUGGAGGUCCAUCUGGUGUGGAGCUAGCUGCGGAAAUCGCGGUUGAUUUCCCGGAGAAGAAGGUUACUCUGGUGCAUAAAGGACCAAGAUUGCUUGAGUUUGUUGGACAAAAAGCUGCUGAUAAAGCAUCUGAUUGGUUAGAAUCAAAGAAAGUGGAAGUUAUAUUGAACCAAUCUGUGGAUUUGAGUUCAGCUUCGGAUGGAAACAAAAUAUACCGGACUUCAGGAGGAGAAACUAUACACGCAGAUAUUCACUUCCUCUGUGUUGGGAAACCUUUGUCUUCUCAAUGGCUCAAUGGAACUGUUCUGAAAGAUAGCUUGGAUGGUAAAGGAAGAGUCAUGGUCGAUGAGUACUUGCGGAUUAGAGGUCGAAGCAAUGUAUUCGCUGUUGGAGAUAUCACUAAUAUCCCUGAGAUGAAACAAGGAUAUAUAGCAGAGACUCAUGCUAAUGUCGUUGUGAAGAACAUAAAGGUAAUGAUGUCAGGUGGGAAAAAGAAGAAGAUGUCGACUUACAAGCCCGGUCCAGAGUUGGCCAUUGUAUCUUUAGGAAGAAAGGACUCGGUGGCUCAGUUUCCGUUUGUGACAGUUGUUGGUUGCCUCCCUGGUUUGAUCAAGUCUAAGGAUCUGUUUGUGGGGAAGACAAGGAAGGCAAGAGGCCUAAAUCCUAAACUUGUAUAAGUUUGAUUCCUAUUGUGUUUUGAGGUUACAUCUUGUGUGCAGAUGUAAUCAUGUUGUUUGUGUUUGUGUUUGUUUUUGUGUUGAUUUCAUUGUUUCAGUGUGUGUUGAUUUUGCUUUAUGUUGGUAUCUAAUGUAUAAAUAAUGGAAUUAUUUGAGUCGACUAAACCGGAAAAUCAAAUAAGAUCAAACCGGAAACCAAACAUAAACCAGAAAAAAAAACAAAUUGAAA